GACUACAAGAAAUGAUGUUUAUUGGUGAUGAACUAAAAAUAAUACUUCGUUUUAGAUACUUAUUCAUUGCGGGUAAGGUUUUGUUCAUUUCAGUUAAGUUGAUGCUUUAUUUGGAGUCUAAUAACACAUAUGCAUGGGUUGUAAUGAGUAAAAUCUACUAAAUCCUUUUCUUUUUUUUUAAAGGAAUAUUGUGUGUGAUGUAUAUUUGAAUAAGUGUGGAAAAAAAUCACCAAAAGUUUAGUUACUUCAAACAUCAAUGAAUUUGUGUUUGAUAGAUGCUAUAACUUAUUAGCUUAUUAAGUUACUUCAAACAUUAUUAAAUAAUAAGUUUUUUUUAAAAAAACAAAAAAAAAAAGACAAUAAGUGAUAAGAUUGAUAAUUCUUGUGUUUAAAUUUCCAUAGUAUAGUAUAAUUAUCAGCAAGGACAACAACUAACACCUUGAUCUAGCAAUUUCACAUAUUCUUCUCACGAAUCUCACUUACAAAUAAUGUCAUCCUUGAUCAAGCAUUGUAAAAAAUAUAUAUUUUCUUUUCACUUAAAUAUAAUUCAGGAAAAUAUAAUUUGAUAGCUGAUAGGAUUAUUUCAAUUCACAACUAAUAUUAAAUGAAUUGAAGCAUUAGAGCUUUCAAAAAUAAUAAAAUAAAAAUAAAAUCAAAUAAAAAAUUGAAAGACAAAAAAUUAAAAAAAAAAAAAUUGAAGCAUUAGAAAAGUUUGUUUCAUGUGCAAGAAAAUACUCUAUAACUAUACAAAGCUCUUGAUUAGAUCAAAUCUUAUCCCUUUAUAAAUUAGAACCAUAUAAUGUUGUCCUCAUUUAACUUAUGAAACAAAUCUUUCACACACUUUGAAAGUAAAUUAAUUGCUUGAUUACUACCAAGCUAACCAUGGGCCAAUAUAGUGGAGACUGGAGAGUGACAAAGUCCAAUUUAGUUACAUUCACAAAAUACAUAGAGAGAUUUCAAAAAUCUGCUAUUUUGUAUUCAAUGAUGAGGUAAGAUAUAUAUAUUUAUAGUUUAUAUCUAUCAAUCCUAGAAAGAUUUUCAUUGGACUAGUUUAGUAGGAAUACUCCAAAAAGCAAAUUAGCUUAGGCAUAGACAAAUAUGGCCCCCAAUCACUAACAAAGAACCAUGAUCACAAAUUGGCAAAAUUUUAGAAUAGUACACCAAUUAAGUAAAAGUAAUCCAACUAUAUUUAUCUACCUAUUAUUAUGUGGUCCAAAAUCAUCAAUUAUUUGUCAUUUUAGUCAAUAAUAAAUUGAUAAAUCUAAUACACCAUGGAUUUUGAGUGGAAAAUAUAAAUUUCGACAAAAUAUUAUUCUCGUCACUUUAUGGAUAAUUUAUAAUUUGUUCAGAACCAUAUAUAUGACAUGGAAAUCUCGAAUCACUUAAGAAUAAAGUUUUCAACAUAGUAGAUGACUAUAUAUAUAUAUGUAGAUUUUAGACCAAGCAAAAAGAAAAUCCUUUUUUUUAUUAAGUCAUAUGUAAUCUUCAUAUAUAUAUAUAUAUACACACAUACAUAUAUAUUCUCACAAAAAGGUUUUAUAAAAUGGCCCAAAAUAGCUUUAGCUAUCCUAGAUUACCAGAAGAGGAAACUAUGAGUCAUCAUUUUCAUGGUACUACUGCAACAAGAAGCAUGCAGUUUUUGCAAGAAUUACCUACAAAUUAUGGCUUUGAAUUUGAAGGAAAUGCAGAAUUAGAAGAUAAAACUGCUGCUAAUUCCUCUCAUAGCCACAGGCAAGCUGAGAAGCGCCGUCGCGAUCGGAUUAAUGGGCAGCUUGCUAGGCUUAGAAGGCUUGUACCCAAGUCAGAUAAGAUGGACAAGGCAGCUCUCCUAGAAAGAGUAGUAGAGCAAGUUAAAGACCUAAAAAGAAAAGCAUCAGAAAUCAGCAAACUCUUUACAAUCCCAACAGAAAUUGAUGACAUUACUAUUGAAUGUCACACAAAUAAUAUGCAAGGAGGCUUUCCAACGAUUGCUCGUAAUCAGAAAGAAAAUCAUCCCAACAACAACAACAACAACAACAACAACAACAACAUAAUGUUUUUGAAGGCUACAUUAUGCUGCGAAGACCGGCCCGACUUAAUCCCUGAGCUAAUCCGGGCACUUAAAGACCUCAACUUGACCAUAAUUGGAGCUGAAAUUGGUUGUUUAGGAGGAAGAUUGAAAAGCAUUCUAUUACUUUACUAUAAAUUAGAUAAUAAUGAUGGUGUUUGUAAUGUUAGUGCAAUUAAGCAGUCUUUAAUGGGUGUUUUGACUAGAAUUAUAUCAUGGUCUAGUGCUAGUACUUCAAAUUUUCGUGUCACAAGUAAGAGGCAACGCUUCUUUUUUUCCUCUUAGUUAAUAAAUAGGUAUAACAUUAUUGAGUUUUACAUUAUUAUAUAUAUAUAAUACGUGGAAGUAUAUAUAUGAAAUAAUCACGUCAUGUGAAGUCCAAUGAUAAUGCAUGCUUUU